AUGCCGUUGUCUUAUGAGAAGUAUAUGAAUCUCAUAUAUCAUUUGGACUAUUCAGAAGAACCUAUACCUACAGAAAUAUCGAAAAAAGUGGUAUCAAAUUCCAUAUCUCCCAUCGUAACGGUUACAUCGAGUCCAGAAAUAGAUCAACAUGUGCAAGAGUCAUAUGGCCUUGAUUCUCUCUACAUGCUACUCCGUUAUUUCGGGGAUUGUAUUACCGACCGUGAUCAGGCUGAAGAGGACGUUGCGACAUCAGGCCGUCCGCGUUCCAAUAGUCUUUUUCAGCGUGAGGUGUCGCAGUUUAUAAGGUUCACUCGACCACUCCCUGAUUUGAUCGGCACAAGAGAUACACAUGAUUUACUUUUUGACUAUCAUUCAUUGGAAGUCUUCUUGAAAAAAUAUCUUGAGCUUGUCGAAAUCCGCACCACUUCGGAUACACCUCAUCGUCUUCUGAGACACUCCACGUACCAUAAGUUCUUCACAACAGCCAUAUCGUCUACAGCGCAUCUUUCGCCCUAUGAAUCAUUUAACCACCCAGUUGUAUCUUUAUUGGCAAUUGAUAUAUCAAAAAAUCAAACAUACGAGAAUGCACGCGACUUACUGAUAGCGUUCAAAAAUAUGCAUAAUCAACUACCGAACUUUCCUAAUUUCAUCAACAUAAAUGACAUUUUACCGGUGUUUCUUCUCUGCUACGACGAAAAUUCACGAGAGCAGUUUGAGACCUGCCAAUCGUUAACAAAAAUGCUAAAGAAACAACUCUUCGUCGAAAGUAUACUAUUGCCUUUAUGGAACUAUCAGUCAUCCGCCAAAAAGGUUGUCCUACAUCAACCUAUAAUGUCAUCACUGGAAGAAACGAUGUUGUCAAUGAUGAAUGAUACAACGUUUGAGCUACCACUUCAACUUGCAAACACAAUAUAUGAUCGCGUUUCCAUACUGACAAAUGAUUUGAUGAUACCAUUUAUGAAGCGCAAAAUUUCCUUCUGGGAAGAAACAAUACUCCAACCCCGGAAGUCUAUCUUUCAGAACUCAAAGUUUUUUCGAAGAUUAAUAACAAAAAGUGCACCCAGCCUAAACGAAGGAAAUUCUAUUACUCACAACAACUACGGAUUGGCAUAUUUCCCCGCCACUUCAAAUGAAUUUUUGAUGCGAAAACUUGCCGACUGGUCCUUCAUGAUAUCUGAUUUUAAAACUGCAUACUCGACUUAUGAAUUACUAAGCAGAGAUCUCGACUCAAAUCCUGAAUAUCUCGCACCGUGUCUUGAAUGGUGUGCUCUCGCCGUUCUUAUGGGCGCUCAAAGCAUUGUAACAGUAAAAAUGAUAAAAAAUGAUAUCGACCCUCUCAUCACGAGGGCACUGAAGACUUAUGAGCUAUGUGCAAAUCGUGCAAGAGAGAAAAAGUCGUUAGUUGUGAAAACAAGUAAAAGCGCCAAUACAAGUCCCGUACUUCGACAAGGAACAGAGAAAUCACCUGCAGAAAUAAUUGCAUAUGAUGACGAUGCUCAAUCUAUGACAGCGCCUUCACAAUCAGCGCAAAGCUACGAGACAAGGUGCAUGCUUCUUGCUGCUGAACUUUUUUUGAGUCUCAGUGAUACUUGGACUUCUACUCCGUAUGCGAUAAAGUAUCUUGAGACUAUCUUGGACGAAUGUGCGAUCGGACCUCUAUCAGAAGUUCUUAUAUGGGAAAGACUGGCUUACUGUUACGCUCUGCGUAUCGACCCUCGCACUCGGGGACGCAAAACUCCUUCAGACGUUAUUAGUAGCUCAGACCCAGAAAAGACUGCUCGCCCCGAAAAUGUUGGUGACGUAAAGGAAGAGAGCUCCGAUGACGAUAACUCAUGUGAUGAUAACUAUAAGUUGCCGAAAUAUGACGUUGCUUCGGUUGGUCUGUCGCGUCGGCGCAAAUCUACGUUAUUCGAGCUCAUUGCUGCCAAAAAAUGGUCAGAAUCUAAUCAAUGGAGACGUUCAUACUGGAGUUUCAAAGAUGUAGAACAAAUGUAUGGAAAUUUGGAGUUUGCAAAUAGAAAGAAUUUGAUCUUAGAGAGAUUAAAGAUGGAAAUUCAAGAGCAUGAGAAAAUCCACAUGUAA